AUGCUUGUCAAUGGCCUGCCUGACGUCAACUCCCAAGCUUCCCUUCGCGCGAUCCCAUCCUCACAGCCCCUAGUUUCACCAACGACGAUCAGGUCUAGCCAGCCAAGGCAUCCUCCCAGCGAAGGCGAUAAACCAGGCCCACCGUCCCUGUCUUGCCCACUGGGAGAAAAAGAAAAGAAGAGCAACAGAGAGAAAAAGCAAAGAAGAGAACAACAGGCUGUGUUCCCCCGUUUCCAGUUGGCCUCCCCCUUCCCUGCCAGCCCAUGGGACAAAGAGGCAGUUGGAACGGCCGCCCUCAUCUCUCUCAUCACAGGGACCCAUCGAGAUACCAAUCAUGCGGCGGCCACGCAAGUCUUUGUCCUCGGCCAAUCACGGGCCGACAUGGCAUAUUGCGUGCCGCUUGCUGAAUCAGGGGCGUAUAUUUAG